AUGUCGGACACCGAGAGCGAAGGUGAACAAAAACCUUUACCCACGCAAAAGAAACAAAAUGAGGACAACGACGAUUCGGACGAUUCAGACGACGACGAUGCUAAAGUCGUCACGUUCGCCUCUCUGGGCAUCUGCAAAGAACUCUGCGCCGCGUGCGAUGCCAUGAAAUGGCCCGCCGCCUCCCCAAUCCAAAUCCAAUCCAUCCCGCACGCGUUGAACGGGAAAGACGUCAUCGGUCUCGCGCAAACCGGGUCAGGGAAGACCGGCGCGUUCGCGUUACCGGUUUUGCAAGACUUAUUGCACGAGCCGAGGGCGUUUCACACGUUGGUGUUAUCACCGACGAGAGAGUUAGCGAGUCAAAUCGCGGAGCAGUUUGAGUGUUUAGGGAAAGAUAUCGGGGUGAAGUGCGCGGUACUGGUGGGAGGGAUGGACAUGACGUCGCAGUCGUUACAGAUCGGGAAACGGCCGCACGUGUUAGUCGGGACGCCUGGGAGAGUGGUCGAUCACUUGGAGAAUACCAAAGGGUUUAGCUUGCGACAGUUGAAAGUGUUGAUAUUAGACGAGGCGGAUCGACUGUUGAAUUUGGAUUUCGAGGAGGAAAUCGAUACGAUUUUGAAGGUGAUUCCGAGGGAGAGACGAACGCAGUUGUUUUCGGCGACGAUGACGAGUAAAGUGAACAAGUUACAGAGAGCGUGUUUGAGAGAUCCGGUGAAAGUAGAAGUCGCGAGCAAGUAUUCCACGGUGAAAAGUUUGAAGCAAAAUUAUUUGUUCGUGCCGGCGAAACACAAGGAGUGUUACGCGUGUUACUUGUUGAACGAGCUGAGCGCGAGCACGAUCAUGAUGUUCACGAGGACGUGCGAACAGACGAGAAAGUUAGCGCUGGUGGCGAGAAAUCUUGGAUUCAGCGCGAUUCCGAUUCAUGGGCAAAUGUCGCAGCCGAAAAGGCAAGGCGCGUUGAAUAAGUUUAAAGGCGGCGAGAGAAACAUUUUAGUCGCCACGGAUGUGGCGUCGAGAGGUUUAGAUAUUCCCAGCGUCGACGUGGUUAUCAAUUUCGACGUCCCGAUGAAUAGUAAGGAUUAUGUGCACAGAGUUGGAAGAACCGCGCGAGCCGGUAGAAGCGGGUUAGCUAUCACGUUAGUCACGCAAUACGACGUGGAAUUGUAUCAAAAAAUCGAACGGCUCAUCGAGAAGAGAUUGGAGAAGUACCCGGUGGAAGAAGAGCAGUGCCUGGUGAUGUUGGAACGCGUGAACGAGGCUCAAAGGAUCGCGGCGAGUCAAAUGCGAGACGCGGACGCGAAGAAAGGUGGUGGAUUUAAAAGGAUUCGAAAUGAUGACGUCGGCGAGGACGAUUUGAGCGCGAUUAUCGGGAGGAAGAAGUACGCGUUUGGCGACGAAAAGAAAGGCAUGAAGAAGACGAAACAGAGCGGCGGAGGCGCGAAAGGAUAUAAAGGUCGCGGGCGAUAA